AUGCCCGUCGUUGCAGGUCCUCCCCAGCAUGGUCCCUCUACUUUUGACAAGAUGAAGAUGGGUGCCCUGAUGGGUUCGACUGUCGGUGGUAUCAUGGGUUUCAUCAUGGGAACUGUCACUGUCUUCCAGUACGGCGGUGGACCUAACGGUGUGAUGCGAACCAUCGGAAAGUUCAUGCUGGGUUCGGGUGCUACUUUCGGUCUCUUCAUGUCUAUUGGUAGCGUUAUUCGCAACGAAGGACCUCACAGCGAUGCCUGGCUCCGAGCUCGCGGACCCCCGAUGAUGCUUUCCCGACAGAGCCCUCUGCGGCCUAUGCGCCAGUAG